AUGAGACCCCAAAACCUCCAUUUCUUUACCUUUACCAUCUUCACUGUACUUGUCCUCCAAGCUGACUCAACUCAGCCACCAUUCUCAUGCGACUCGUCAAACCCAACAACAAAGACCUUCCCUUUUUGCAAAACCACACUUCCCAUCAGCCAAAGAGCCACCGAUCUGGUGUCCAGGCUAACAUUAGACGAGAAGAUAUCCCAACUCGUUAAUUCAGCUCAACCGAUUCCAAGACUUGGCAUCCCGGGUUAUCAGUGGUGGUCCGAGGCAUUACACGGCAUUGCCUAUGCAGGACCUGGCAUUCGUUUCAAUGGAACUAUUAAGAGGGCCACUAGUUUCCCUCAAGUCAUUCUCUCCGCUGCUUCUUUUGAUGCCAACCAAUGGUAUCGCAUUAGUCAGGCGAUCGGAAAAGAGGCUAGAGCACUGUACAAUGCAGGGCAAGCUGCAGGGAUGACAUUCUGGGCACCAAAUAUCAACAUAUUUAGGGACCCAAGAUGGGGGAGAGGGCAAGAAACACCAGGUGAGGAUCCAUUGAUGACAGGGAAAUAUGCAGUGUCAUACGUGAGAGGGCUUCAAGGGGAUUCAUUCAAGGGAGGGGAGAUUAACGGGCCACUUCAAGCUUCAGCUUGUUGCAAGCACUUUACUGCUUACGACUUGGAAAAUUGGAAUGGCACGAGUCGCUAUGUUUUUGAUGCUCAUGUGACCGCGCAAGAUUUAGCAGACACAUAUCAACCACCAUUCAAAAGUUGUGUUGAAGAAGGGCGAGCCAGUGGGAUAAUGUGUGCUUACAAUAGAGUUAAUGGAAUCCCUAACUGUGCGGAUUCCAAUUUCCUCUCUCAAACGGCUAGAGCCCAAUGGGGUUUUGAUGGGUACAUCACAUCAGACUGUGAUGCGGUUUCCAUCAUCCAUGAUGCUCAAGGAUACGCCAAAACACCAGAAGAUGCUGUGGUUGCUGUGCUUAAAGCUGGCAUGGACGUCAACUGUGGAUCAUACUUGCAGCAACACACCAAAGCAGCCGUGGACCAAAAAAAAUUAAGUUUAUCUGAAAUAGACAGAGCCCUUCAUAACCUCUUCUCUGUAAGAAUGAGGUUAGGCCUUUUCAAUGGGAAUCCUACUGGCCAGCAAUUUGGGAACAUUGGUCCUGACCAAGUCUGCUCCAAAGAAAACCAGAUGCUAGCCCUCGAUGCAGCCCGUAAUGGCAUUGUCCUUUUAAAGAACUCUGCAGGGCUCCUCCCACUUUCAAAAUCCAAAACCAUGUCCCUGGCUGUUAUUGGCCCCAAUGCCAAUUCUGUGCAAACACUUCUCGGAAACUAUGCAGGCCCUCCAUGCAAACUUGUAACGCCACUGCAAGCGUUGCAGAGCUAUAUUAAACACACUAUUCCUUACCCAGGUUGUGACUCGGUUCAAUGCUCUUCAGCUUCAAUUGAUGGGGCAGUGAAUGUAGCAAAAGGGGCGGAUCAUGUGGUAUUGAUAAUGGGUCUGGACGAUACGCAAGAGAAGGAGGGACUUGAUCGCAGAGACUUGGUGCUACCUGGGAAGCAACAAGAACUGAUUAUCAGUGUUGCAAAAGCAGCAAAGAAUCCAGUUGUUCUAGUGCUUCUUUCUGGAGGUCCUGUUGAUAUAUCUUUCGCCAAAAAUGAUAAAAAUAUCGGAAGCAUUUUGUGGGCUGGUUAUCCUGGUGAAGCUGGUGCAAUUGCUCUGGCAGAAAUCAUCUUUGGUGACCAUAAUCCAGGAGGGAAGCUACCGAUGACUUGGUAUCCACAAGAAUUUGUCAAAGUUCCAAUGACAGAUAUGAGGAUGCGAGCUGAAACUUCUUCAGGCUAUCCUGGGCGUACAUACAGAUUCUACAGAGGACCAACUGUUUUUGAGUUUGGUUAUGGCCUCAGCUACUCGAAAUAUACUUAUGAACUAAGAGCUGUCUCCCAAAACAAACUCUACUUGAAUCAAUCAUCAACAAUGCAUAAAAUCAACAACUUCGACUCAGUUCUGUCCAUAUUGGUUUCUGAAUUGGGCACGGAAUUCUGUGAGCACAACAAAUUCCCUGUUAGAAUUGAAGUAGAGAACCAUGGUGAGAUGGUGGGCAAACAUCCAGUUUUACUAUUCGCGAGGCAGACGAAACAAGGAAAUGGUAGGCCAAGGAAACAGCUGGUUGGAUUCCGUAGUGUGCAAUUAGGUGCAGGGGAAAGAGCUGAAAUUGAAUUUGAAGUGAGCCCUUGUGAACACCUUAGUAGAACUAAUGAAGAUGGCCUGAUGGUGAUGGAGGAAGGAACACAUUUCUUAGUUGUAGAAGGUCAAGAGUACCCGAUUUCGAUUGUAACUUGAUAUGGAGAAUCGAUUCUUCAAAACUGAAAAACCAGUAUUUGAUAGUAGAAUACUGAUGGUAGUACCAUGCCAAUGAACCCAGAGAA